AUGCCCGCAGGGCGUGGACUUGCUGUGGUGGUGGCCCUGGUGCUUCUGUGCACCUCUGUCUUGUCUUCGGCCGACAUCAUUGGCCACUCUCCCGGCACGAUCAUAUCCCCUCGAGCGAAUGCGUACCGAAGCCGUCAUACCCUCUCUCCAGUUGGCUACUAUAAGCUCCCGGUGUGCCAACCUUCUGAGGAGGUGAUGUCAGCGAAGCGCGAACAUCUCUUCCUUGGCGAGAUCUUGAUGGGCAACCGUCUGGAGCCGACCAGCUUUGAGUUCAAGGUCGGCGAGGACGUCAUGUGCGCCACCUUGUGCAAUGCAAGGUUCAGCAUGAAAGACGUUCGACGCGCGAACUACAUGAUCACAAAUGCUUACUACGCGCGUAUGUUCCUCGACAACACACCGCUUGUUUCGGCAGUUCCUAAUGCCAGCAACGAAGUUUACCGCCGCGGGUACGCUCUCGGUAUGUCGUAUGACACCGCCAAGUCUCAACUGAAGAAGAACAUUCUUAACAAUCACCUUGCUUUUACCAUUCGCACUAAGAACCAGGCGAUCUCUCAGUUCACUCGAGAGGUGGUGGUUGGCUUCAAAGUCGUUGCCUCAAGUGUUGCGCAGGUCCACACUUGCUCAACAACCGCGUUUGAGCACUCAAACGAGCCGUACUUCUUGCCGAGAAGUAGGGAUGGAAUAGAGGCUACGAUCCCCUUCACUUACAGCGUGACGUGGGAGAGGUCGGACGAGCCAUACCCCAUCAAGUACAGCGUUACGGAAAAGAUCCAGCGACGUGGGCACAAGAUUGCUGCCAUAUACGGCGUCCUGCUUACUAUUCUGGCGGGCUUUCUGGUAGCGUUUGUGCUGCUCCGCACGGUGCGCAAGGACCUCGCUGUCUACUUUGACGAGGAGCUCGACGACAAAGAGGUACGUGAGGAGUCGGGUUGGAAGCUGGUGCGCGGCGAUGCUUUCCGCGCACCCCCACAGGCUGCAACCCUGGCGACGGUCGUCGGCGCCGGAUGUCAGAUUGCGGUAACCAUGCUCACCAGCGUGUUCCUCUGCGCUAUCCACGCAGUGAACCCGACACACCGUGGCACCUUUCUGAGCACCGUCAUUGUACUUUUUCUGAUUGCGCACAUUGUCUCCGGCUUUGUGGCGGCCCGACUGCUGAAGCUCUUCGGUAGGGCCUCGUGGAAGCUGUCCAUGUGUUGCAUGGCAGCGUUCCCGGCAGCACUGGGAUGCGGCAUCAUGGUGCUAAAUCUCAUCCAAUGGGCAAAGCACAGUACAGCCGCCAUCCCGUUCCCGACCGCGGUGGGGAUUAUAUCGAUAUGGCUGCUCAUCUCGCUUCCUUUUGGGUUCUUUGGCAUUUACUGGGGCUUGAAGAUGGACACCCUCGCCGUCACGGCCAAGGUCGGCAGCAUCCCCCGACUCAUCCCAGAAAAUGCGGGUAGGGCAACCCUUUAUUAUGUUCUUGCUGGUAGUCUUGUACCCUUCAUUGCGUGCUGCAUUGAGAUGCCAUUCGCAUUAAAUGCCUUCUGGCGCGAGGAACCCAUGUACCUCUACGGAUUCCUCACCUUCUUCUCCACUGCACUGGCAAUACUCUGCGCGGAGGUGGGUAUUGUGGUGACCUACUUCACCUUGCGCGGGGAGGACUACCGCUGGUGGUGGCGUAGCUACGCCUCUCUUGCGACGACUGGCGUUCACGUCUUUCUAUACAGCGUUUUCUUCCUGAAGAGAUAUCUGCAGAUCCGCAUGCUUUCCUCAGUUAUCCUCUUUCUGGGCUACAUGCUCGGUGUGUCCAUCAUGUUUGGUAUGGCGCUCGGGUCUAUCGGGUUCAUUAGUUCGUUGUGGAUGGUCCAGAAGAUGUACAGCUCCAUCAAAGCUGAAUAA